AUGGCUGUUACUCAAAUUAACUCUGCUGACGACUUCAAGGCUGCUCUAACUGAUGCUGGUUCUAAAUUAGUUGUUGUCGACUUUUUCGCUACAUGGUGUGGUCCAUGUAAGAUGAUUGCUCCAAUGGUCGAGAAAUUCAGUGAACAAUAUACAGAUGCUACUUUCUUGAAAGUUGAUGUCGAUGCUAUUCCAGCUUUAGCUCAAGAAUAUGAAAUUAGUGCCAUGCCAACUUUACUCUUCAUUAAGAACGGUAAGGAAGUUACAAAGGUCGUUGGUGCUAAUUUAGCUGCCAUCAAGCAAAAUAUCGUCUCAAAUAUUUAG